AUGGCACGUACGACGUCUGAUGGUUUGGAUCGAAAUGGUUCACCACCGCAGACAGAUGGACACGUUAUUGAUGUGGCUCAUACCACCCGCUCGCUGCAGAGGGAGUCGCCAGAUAAUCCCGAACAGCAGCUGCCACUACACAGCAAGUGGAUCAACGAGUCGUGUCAAGCCAAGCUUUCCUCUCGGAAGGAAAUUGCAUUUGCUGAACUCGCCAUUCGGAUACUUCGCAUAGCAGGCUGGCAGACCGGGCGGUUCAUCAGGCUGACGCUGACGCUCGCCUCCCUCUCUGGUGUGCCCACAGCGUCCAACUGCGACGCGACGCUGAGCAGCGACCUGGUGAAGAACGGGUCGGUGUCGUCCCCCGGCUACCCGGACCCCUACCCGCCGGGCAGCCACUGCCGCUACGACUUCCAGGGGCGCGGCAAGGAGCGCGUCCAAGUGGUCUUCAACGACUUCCUGCUGCACCAGCCGCCAGAGAGCCACAGAGACUGCGAGGGAGUGGACGCGCUGGUGGCGUACGUGCACAUCGAGGGCCGCAUGGAGAAGAUCGACAGCUUCUGCGGGGACGCGAUGCCCAAGCCGCUCAUGUCCAACGGCGCCCGCCUGCUGCUCGAGUUCCGCGGCCAGCACUCCUCCAGCCACGCCAGGGGCUUCAAGGCCACCUACAGCUUCACCGAGAACUUCGGGGUGCUGGGUGGCGGCGGCCGGCAGCUGUCGGAGUGGCCGUGCGGCUUCGCCUUCAACAGCAGCGAGGCGACAAGCGGCUACGUCACCAGCCCCAACUUCCCCGGGCUGUACCCCAGGGACACCGAGUGUCACUACUUCUUCCACGGCGCCGGCACCCAGCGGGUGCGGCUGCGCUUCCACUACUUCGACGUCGAGGGCGUCCAACCGUGCGAAGCAUCUUCCGCCAGUGAUUACGUCGAGUUCUCCAACUUCAUGGCGCGCGACCGAAAGUACUCGAGAUACUGCGGCCAGCUAAAGGAGUUCGACAUCGAGUCUGACCGCAAAUUCUUCAGGCUGACCUUCCGCUCGAACGACCGGCUGGACGGCACUGGCUUCAACGCGACCUACUACUUCCUCGACGAGGAGGAGAGCUCCCCCGCCAAGCCGAGACCGACCAGCAGCGCCAGAGGAAAUGCAGUCUGCUGGGCCUUGGUACUCCUCAGCAUCUUCUCCCUGCUGUGCUGAUGUCAACUCUUGAAACAACGAGUGCAGAUGUAACACAGUGCUUAUAACUAAAAUGGUUUAUUUACUUUUCUCUCUCUGAUGCUCAUUUGCGAGCGCAUGGACAACCUUUUCGUAAGUGCUGAACAGAAGGACAAUCAACAAUGCUACAAUAGAUUAUAGCCUCUACUUAGAAAACACUGUACAUAAAAGUUAUUUGUAACUGUUCUUAAUACCGCAGGUACCACAUGCGUGGGAACAAAGUAAUGUUGAAAAUUACUAAAGUUUAUUUGUAGACAGACUUCGUUAUGUAAAUAGUUUAGCACAUGUUAAGGCAAAACUCAAUGUAAGAGUAGUUUGUUAAACGUGUGUGCCAAUUCAGAAAUAUAUGACCAAUAUGGAA